AUGUUGUCAGAAGCAGCUGUCUUAUAUUCUAAAUCAAAUUUAAGCUUGAGUGACACUUUGAAAAGACUGGAAGAGAACUUGGUAGCUUUACAAGAUCCACAUACAAAUGAUCUAGCACAAAAAUGCUCUCAGUUGAAAGCAAAGUGGGAAGAACUUCUUUUAAAUGCACUUUCAACCAUUCAAGUUCCAGGAGUAACAUUGACCAAUAAAAACAUUGAUCUGUAUAUGAAUCGGCUCAACGAAAUGUUGGCGAGAAAUCCGAAUGACAUAGUGCUUAGCUCGGUUAGAUCAGCGUUAAGUCAAAUCGAUUUUACUGCCUCUUAA